AUGCAUUUCUCUGUUGGGGACAUCAAGAAAAAAGAUCCUGGAAAGUCGCCCAAAAAAGACAAAGACCCAGUGAACAAAUCUGGGGGCAAGGCCAAAAAGAAAUGGUCCAAAGGCAAAGUUCGGGACAAGCUCAAUGACCUGGUCUUGUUUGACAAAGUGACAUAUGACAAACUCCGUAAGGAAGUUCCCAACUCUAAGCUUAUAAGCCCAGCUGCUGCCUCUGAGAGACUAAAGAUUCGGGGUUCCCUGGCCAGGGCAGCCCUUGAGGAGCUCCUUGGUAAAGGAUUUAUUGAACUGGCUUCAAGGCACAGAGCUCAAAUCAUUUACCCCAGAAACACCAAGGGGGGAGCUGCCCCAGCUGCUGAUGAAGAUGAUGCAUACACAGGUCCUACCAGCUCUUCAAGACCUACCACCAAGCCUCAACCAGUAGCUGCCCGCAGGCCUCUUCCAAAUAGAAAUCCUACAGGCACCAUUCUUGCCAGCUCACAUGGGGCAACCAGAGUUUCACAGCCAUGGCUAUUGGAAGUCAAAGGCUGGAUCCAGGUUCCAGGAGUUUCCAGGGAGUUUUGCCAUUUACUCAGCAACAGUCUGAAGCCCAACUACCACCAGCAGUUGUUGAAAUGA